AUGGUAGCUUUGAUUUUGAGCUUCAUUUUCACUUUGAUAGUUGGUCUUUCCGAGGGCCAACUUAGAUUCAACUUCUACGCCGAAACAUGCCCCGCUGCCGAGUCCAUUGUUCGUGCCGUCGUCCGCGACGCCGUCAUCUCCAACGCCAAUUCUGCGGCCAUCCUCCUUCGCCUCCAUUUCCAUGACUGCUUUGUGGAGGGAUGUGAUGGUUCGAUCCUUAUUGACAAUCCAAACGCCGAGAAACAUGCAUUUGCACACCAAGGCGUUGGAGGGUUUGACGUGAUAGAAAGAGCCAAAGCACAGCUUGAGGCUGUCUGCCCUGGUGUCGUUUCUUGUGCUGACGUUGUCGCCUUAGCUGCUCGAGAUGCUAUUGCCUUUGCUCGUGGGCCGUUUUACGACGUGCCGACUGGUCGGAGAGAUGGUCGGGUUUCAAACCUUUUUUUGGCCAAUGAUAUGCCGGAUGUUCAUGACUCAGUUCAGCAACUCAAGGGCAAGUUUUUCCGAAAAGGACUCACUCAAAAAGACCUUGUACUCCUAAGUGCUGCUCAUACAAUUGGAACCACAGCAUGCUUCUUCGUGAAAGACAGGCUCUACAACUUCUUUCCCGGUGGCGGAUCUGACCCCGCCAUCAGCCCUAAUUUCCUUCCGCUGUUGAAAGCGCGAUGCCCUCCGAAUGGCGACGUCAACGUACGAUUACCGAUCGACCAAGGGAGCGAACGGACAUUCGACAGCCAUAUAUUGCAGAACAUAAGGAGUGGUUUUGCUGUAUUGGAAUCGGAUGCCAAGCUUAGAGAAGACGUGGAAACAAGAAGCAUAAUUGACUCCUACUUUGGUUUCUUUAAUCCAAUGUUUGGACCCUUCUUCCAACCAGAUUUUGUGGCGUCAAUGGUAAAGAUGGGCCAAAUUGGUGUCAAGACAGGUUUCCAAGGAGAGAUUAGGCGAACCUGUAGUCUUUUCAACUGA